AUGGAACGAGACGCAUUCAUCAAUCUGCUGGACAAGUGUUGGAAUGACUUUCGACAGCAGGCAAUAGCGGCCUACCCAGGAGAAGCCGCAAGUGCUAAGGGAGCGCCUUCGGCCCGAGGCAUGGAGGAACUCAUUUUGUGGGCUCAUCUGAAAGAUGUGCCUGAAGCUGCGCCGCGCUCCUCGCUGAAAGAGACGAACAGAAUGAAAUAUCUGGUGCAAGACCAGCGGCUGCGGAUUCGCUUGGGACUUCAACCGCACCAGAAGCUGAUCUCUGGUGAGUCUCUUCAUGCUGCGGUGCUGGCACUGGGUCUGUCAAGCUACAGUGUGGAGGACAUGAACGAUCUGGCUCAUGCAUUGGCAGCACAUGUUGGGCUUCAUUUCAAGGAGUUGAGCACGGAUUCCGUCCGGAGAAUUCAAUCUGGGGAGAAAGCUGAACUUCUUGGCCUAGAGCCUGUCUGGCGAUGGUCGAGUGCCAGCGCCGCUAGAUGCGCAGCUUCCGAGGAACAUCGUACGCGCAAUGUUGUGCCUGCUCAAGCUUUGCUCGAGCUGCUGUUGGCAGAUGAUGGACAAGCCGACAAGACAGUUUUCAAACAGCACUUCUUGCUCAGACAGUUCCAGAGCAUGCGGGAGAUUCUUUUGGCAAGUGAUGCCAACCAGCUGGUUGCCGAUUUGAGUGUUGUUCGGAUCAAUGACCUGGCUGCCCCUCCCGAGCCCUGGCAUCCGUUGACGUAUUUCGAGCCCUUCGUCGCGAGUGUUCUUGUUUCCGAUGGCAUCAUGUUAGCAUUCCAGCUUGAUCCUUCAUUUUCCAGCUGGCAUGGUUGGAUCUAUUUCGAAGCAACAUUUACGGUUCUCUUCAUCGUAGAAAUUCUACUUCGGAUCCACUUGCUGCGAUGCCGCGCGUACUGGUGCGGGUCAGACAGCGUUUGGAACUGGUUUGAUAUUCUCCUUGCAGUGACUUCAGUAGCAAGCCUCUUCAUUCCACUUGGAUCUUCCGCGCUUCUGAGAAUCAUCCGUCUCUUUCGGUUGACCAGGGUUGUAAAGGACCUGAGGUUGAAAGUACUGAAGGAGCUUCGUCUGAUGAUCAAAGGCUGGUUUGCUGGAUUGCGAACUAUAGCGAUAGCAUUCAUUCUUCUGUUCUAUGCACUCUACAUCAUCUCGGCUAUGGCGACCGCCACUCUUGGAGGCUCACACCCAGUACUUUUCGGUACCGUGCCUGUCUCCAUGUUCACAGCUUUCAGGUGCUUUACUGGUGAUUGCUCGGAUAAAGAGGGUCUUCCCUUGACGUUGCUGCUGGCAGAAGAAUUCGGCCACCUUUUUCUUCUCGCCUAUGUUGUGAGCUACGUGCUGGUGGCCAUGGGAAUCUUCAACGUGAUCUUGGCUGUUUACGUUGACAUAACCAUGAAGGCGGCAAAAGGUAUCAAUGCCAAAAGCCCUGAGCAGUACGCUCUUGAAUCGGUCCGUGUUGCUCGCUGCGCGCGUGAGCUGCUCAAAAAGUUCGUGACAGCAUACCAAGACUUUAUGGGCAGCGAUGUCACCGACACCGUGCAAGAGCACGUCCAAAUUACAAAGGAAUUGUUCCAAAUCAUCAUACGGGACAGAACCGUGCAGAAGCUCAUGGAUGAGCUGGAUUUGCCGCCGAAUCGCACUGACUUGUUCGGGGUCAUUGAUGCAGACGGGAGUGGGGCGCUUGAUGCGCAGGAGCUGGUGCAUGGCAUACUGAGUCUCCGCGGCGAACUGACAAAGAGCGACGUUGUUGCUACUCUGCUGGCCGCAAAAUCCAUGCACAACAUGUUCAUGCAGAUGAAAAAGGAGUGUUUGCAGACACUGGCGACGAUGCCACAGACAUGUCGGGAUGCGCUCCGCAAGCAGGGCAACUGCAGACCUGAUACACGCCUGGGUCAGGAGCCAGCGCAGGAAGACCCCAACUAUGAAUCCCAAUUGGACGUGUAUACCUUCUAG